UACAUAGAUUGCUCCGUUAUACUGCACCGAAGAUUUAGAGGACGCUAAAUUUAAUUGUAUUUCAAAUCAACUGCAUCUUAAAAAGUUAUAUUUGUAAUUGCCUUAUUUUAUCUUAAACAUUGUCAAGUAAAAAUGUAAUUGGACCGCGCUAAAAACGUAAAUACCCUCAAUUUACUUGUCCAAAACUGGAAUUUUCAAUCUAUACCAGCGCCCUAUGGGAAAGUGGAAAACUCGAAAUUGCUCCAAAACAGGGCACUUCGGCAUUCCGCCACUCGAUGUCAGUACAAGUCUGAUCUCGCGCCAAAAUAACUGUUAUAGUUUAGGGUAUCGUAUUCCCGCCAUAACUGUCACCCUCUUUAUGUAUGUGCGUCGUCGUCGUCGUCGUUAUCGAUGCAAGUGAAAGAAUAAAUAAACAAUAGUGAAAAACUUCUGUGUCCAGCAAAACUUCAGCAGGAAAAAUCGAGUUAUCGGAUCACGACAAUGGCCACGCCGAGGAGGGAGUUUCUCCGCAGGCCAGAUGUUCCUCGGCGAAGAUCGGCUCGAACAGCACUGGCCAUGAUCCCUGAUUCCACAAGCACAAAUAUAUCUCCUGUUAAUACAGCAGUUGCUGCUGAAGCAAAUCCUACGACCAGGAGAUACAGUAUGGAAUCGUGGAACUCAGCACCGAGUCCUGAUGAACUUGUAAUACAAAAGAGAGGAAGAAGAAAGUCCAUUGUAUGGUCCCCUGACAUUGAUUCCGUCAAAAGAGAAAGUCUCUUCAGAGACCGAACACCUGUGAAAAGUCCAACAAAAAAUCACUCCAACAUCACACUGAGAAGCACACCAAGAAGGCGUCUUCUCCAGGGUGAUGAUGUUGAGAUGGGUUCGCCCGAAAAAAAAGAAAGACAAACUAAACCUUUCACAGGAAACUUGGCAAAUGGAUUAAGAGGCCUUAGUCAUGAGCAGUUAGUCAAAAUGAUAAUGGAUCUAGUAUUAUUGCAAGAAGAUAAGGGACUGUCACAGAAUGACUUAUUACGUGAUAUUAUUCUAAAAAAAAUGCCAGUUGCUGAUAUUCAACCGUUAAGGGAAAAAUUAACGUCCUUGAGGCAGAAUAUUUAUGCCAGUUUAGUAUCAUCAAAUAUAGAUGAAUCAGAUUAUAGUCGAGCUUACGUACAUUUAGACAAUUUCCAGAAAGCUUUGAGAGAUCAGGGCCACAAUCUGGUAGAAUCUCAGCACUGGACAGCUGUAAUUCAAUACGUGUUUGCUGCAUGGGCGAUCACAAAGGACCUACCAGAGUGGAAGAAUCAAGGAAUGCAUAGCACCACUCAGAAAUGCUACAAACAUUUGACUGAAUUUUGUCUACAAGCAUUAAGAAACGGAACGUUUACGCCAACUACAUUGAACAUUUAUAAAGAAAAACUUCGAACAAUGUUGGAAGAUUUCAGUGAUAUUAAAAUUUGCAUACAAUAUCUAAACGAAACAAACGUAUGACGUAGGAUCAGAAACGUAGAUAAAAAUGACUUGCACGACAUAUAUUUUUUAUAUAUAUAUAUAUAUAUAUAUUACGUUAAUAUAUAUAUAUUCUAAGAGAUUUUUGACAUUUUCAUGACGUUGAUUGGGGAAGAAAUUUGGAACCAUCAUUUGACAGCGUCUUCCUGGAUGUUGAAGAAAAUCAGUUGAUUAAUUUAAUUUUAUAGUUGUAAGCUGUUCUGUUUUACUCAAUAUAAUAUUGACAACUGCAUUAUGUAUGUGUAUACUUUUGGAAAGUAGUAUUUUUGUGAUCAAGCUAUUAUGCAUGUUUGUAAUAACGUUAUCUUAUUUAUCAAUAAUUUUACAGAGUUAAUUCCGUACCCAGUGUUAGUCUCCCUUGACUGUCGGUUAUGAGAUUUUGUAAACCAGUAAAAGGAUAUAAUUUUUAUAUUAUAUAUUUAUGUAAAACUUUUUGGAUAAUAAGAUGGUAAUGAAAAAGAAAUGAACGACAAUCA